AUGUUGCAUGCUGGCUCUAAGAAUUUGACAUCUCCACUUGUGGUGCUGUAUGCCUCGAUUCCGAGGAAGCUGCGGUCCGCCAUCAAAAAGCGGAGCCGUGAGUCCGUUACUUCACCGUUGCUAACUUCAAGGAAGCAACAUGAUGUGUCAACUACAGUUUAUAGAAAAGAUGGUGCAAAGAAAUUCAAAUUGAAUAAGAAGAAGAGACAUAUCACCAAGGACGAGGAAGAAGUGGCUGAAACCUUGUAUGCUUUGGCUGGUAUGUUCACUAAUGCAAACGAGGCUGAUCAGCAAAAAGUAGACGAUGAGAAGCCCGAAAUAAAAUCUUCAGCUACUCUAGAAGAAGAUACCUGUCGGACACUACAAGACGAGACUAGAAAAAUUAGCUCAGAAGUAACUCUUGGAGCUGAUUGUCCUUCAAUUUCAAAUGUGGUCAAUUUAACAGAAGAAGUCAUAUCCCAAACGUUAGGGGCUCGACAGCCUGUGCCUUUUUUUUCUUGCAAGCAGGCAGCGACCCCCAAUGCUUAUGGAGGCAAAUCUGAUUCUUGUCCGAGUUCCACUUUAAGACCACUAGUAUCCGUACAUGGCAUCAAUCAAAGUCAUGAAGAGGAAAUUCGCUUGGAUCGGGUCACAGCUCCUGGAUUGCAGUAUGGCAAAAACAAAUAUAAGGAUUUGUUCCCGUCACCCAACUUGUCUGCAAUGCAAGCCGCGAGUUCUGAGACACACCGCUUGUUUGAGGGCACAAUUUUUUCCUCUCAGCCUCAUGUUGUUGAGAGCAAAAUUAGUAGUGAAAAGCAUACUAGAGUUGCUACUGAAUCGAACAAUUCACGGAAGAGAUGUUCAGCACACGUUUACAUAAGUCGUCUCAUCAAAGUCUUGCAAAUAUCAGACAGAAAAGAAGGAUUGCCAGUGAAGCCUGCUCAACCAACAAAUUUUCGAGGUUCAGACAACCAAAUGGGGAGAAACGGUGACACAUAUUUUAGUGCCAUCGACAUAGAUGCUGCUGAAAAAGGUUCAUCGGAAAACCAAAAUGGUUUCCUUUUGAAUAAGAGGCCAAUCCAAGAUGAGCAGAUGGCUUCUGAAACCUCUGCAAAGCAGGGAUACGACUUUUUAUCUUUGGGAAUGGGGAUUCGUGGUUUGGACACCAGUGAGAGUGCAAACGGAGCAGGAUGUUUUCUCGAGCCUCCUAAACAGUACUAUAUGCCAUACACGCAGUCACGAAACCAGUCCCCCAUGCUUUAUUCACUGCCCCGGAAUGGCUAUUCUUCGUCUCCGCACAGUCAUAAUUCAGCCUUGCAAGCACAACAGCUCUCUCAGUAUCAUACCAGCAGUUUCACAGACAGAACAGGACAGUAUGAUAACAACACGGGAGGAGGUGGUGCGCUUCGCCUUCCAGACUGGAGAAACGGAGCUGUGCUGAACUCUCUGUUCCCACAUCUGCAUGCUGCUCUGGGCUCCAAGUUUCAACAGCUCCCACCUUCACAACAGCAGGUAAUGGCUAUCAACGCGUCGUUGCCUCUGAAGAGGCAUCACAACCUUCCUUUGGGAUUCGGGAGAAAUGGAGCCGUGUUCCAACCUGAAAACAUGCACCUUUGACAUGGAUAAGUAGUUACUAUCAACAUGCUUACUAAAUAUAUCAUCAUUUGUUCAUUAUUUCUUCUCCAUUUUGGUUCGUUUCCUGUUUACAUCGACGACUUGUGACCCUCGGAUGUACGAAACUUGAGUCUUGGAAAAAUCUGCAGCAAAUUUCCUUGACAAGGCUUGUAAAUUUUCUGGAGAUUUACUUCAAAUUGAAAGAACACUGAAACAA